AAUGAGCGCUAUGUGCCACGCUCUGAUCCAUGAACAGCCCGGACGUUGAGGUUUGGCCCUCGCGCGCUUUCAUAAGUACUCCUCAAGGUCUGCUCGGAACCAACACCUGUCCCCGAACACUUCUCUGUUCUCUUCGGCUGCGCCGUUAGAAGAGAAGUUCUGUACAGUUUUUAUUUUACAUCCUGCACAUUCACGAUAUCCCUCAUCCACACAAUGAACAUCGCUAUCGUCCUACUUGCCUUGAUUGCCACCGCCUUUGCGCAGCUCAGAGGCAUCGCAAUCACUGCCCCUGCCGUUGGAACCGAUAUUACUCUAGGAGAGCGUUUAGUUGUGAAAGUUGAAAAGCAUGACACUCAUGGCCUUCCACAAACAGACCUCGGGAUCGUCAUCAGCAUUACUAGCUUGGUCGAUAAAGUUGCGCGCACAUUCUUCAAUGGCAGUUUCACGCCAACCCAGCAUAAUUGUACUGGCCCCCCUUUCCAGAACUUCACCAUUGUUCCAACUGGUAUACCCACAGGCGCCGCCGACGUGACCGUUACUCAUUUCUUCAAUCUUACUGGCGACCCCGCUGUUCGAUGGGAGCAGGACCAAGUUGCGGUUGAUGUGUUCAGUGAGACACAGGCAGCUUAGCUUUGUUCAAUCUCCGGGUUUCAGCUGCGGGUUAUUGUAAAGUAUGGACCGAAGAACUGGACUAUUGUUGUUUGUACUUUUUGGGAAAAAUUAUAGGGUAGAUCCUUCCGCGGAUUGAACAAUUGGACGAGCAAAUAGCGUCAUCCAUGUCAUUAUUUCAUUCAUAUUUAUCCAUCACGUCAUUAUUCUCAACUCGUUAGUAUCCAUGAAAAGUCGCGUUCUUGUAUAAUUGGCAUCCGAAAGUGUAGCUGAGACUGGUAGCGUUGCUGAAGUGUGAUGCAGCCUGGAGGAGCCUUACCGGUGUCGAGUGUGAUGUUUGGUGGUUAUCCGAUAUAAAUACAUGUCUCGAUGGCCG